AUGGCGGGCAGAGUCUCUGGAGCUGUUUGUGGCGUGAAGGCUCUUCGAUCAGCGGUUCGCGCUGCAGUGGUCAUCGGCCUGUUCUGCUUGUCACGAAUUGGAAUGGCAAAGGAGGAAAUAGGUGACGUUGUUAUGUGUUCAGAAGGUAAAAAUCAAACAGUGGUAUCUGUCUCGCUCAAAAAAGAUAACGACUCAAUCCAAUUUGCAUGCCCAAAAGACUCGGCUGUGUUUCCCGGUAUCACAGUCGACUCGCAGCAGUUCUGUAAGGACUCGUGGUGCAGCGCUCAGGCCACUAUGGGCGACGCUGUAAGUAUCAAACUCUCUAAGAAUACGGAGGAGAAAGAUGAAGAGAAAAAACCAAAUCUAGAGGAGUUGAAUAUCUACACGGUGACAUUGAACAAACAAAGCUUAACAUCAUCAACACUGUACUUCCAGUGCAGGCCAGAGAAAAAGCCAGUCGAGGCGCGGGUCGACACCCCAGGAGGGAAGUUCGAUACGGAUACGAAGUGUGUGAUUCAAGUCGCCGCCUACGGUUCGAAGCCUGCCGCGGAGGCAGCAACAGAGAGUGAGUCUUGUGACACAAUUCCUGGGUAG